AUGUUCCGUUCAUCUCUGUGGUUCGCGGUUUGGCAGGCGGUGAUGGAGUCGGAGAUGAAGUUCGACCUGGAUGGAGACGGACUCAUUGAGAACUCUGGAUAUGCAGACCAGACUUAUGAUGGAUGGACAGUGACUGGACCAAGUGCUUAUUGUGGUGGGCUGUGGCUGGCGUCGCUGUGUGUGAUGUGUAAGAUGGCCAUCCUGUUGGACAAUAAGGAGAUGUACCAGCUCUACAGAAGCACACUGGACAAAGGCAGCACUGCAUUCGACAAACUGUUGUGGAACGAUGAUGAGCCGUGGCAGAGGGUCAAUGCCUACCUCAUCCAUGACACUGCAGACUGGAAGGACCUGAACCUCAAGUUUGUCCUGCAGGUUUACAGAGACUUCCAUCUCACACAGGACAGGCAGUAUUUACAGGACAUGUGGCCAAUCUGCCAGGCGGUGAUGGAGUCGGAGAUGAAGUUCGACCUGGAUGGAGACGGACUCAUUGAGAACUCUGGAUAUGCAGACCAGACUUAUGAUGGAUGGACAGUGACUGGACCAAGGGUAUGUUGACCGAAGGCCUGCGUACGGCUGAAGGCUGUUACCGGACUGUGUGGGAACAGCUGGGCAUGGCCUUCCAGACUCCUGAGGCCUACUGUGAGAAGAGCAUCUACCGCUCUCUGGCCUACAUGAGGCCGCUGAGCAUCUGGGCCAUGCAGCUGGCCCUGAACGCCUCACAGAGGGACCAGACCACUUUGGCUUCAACUGGAACCACAGACCAGGACCAGGCAGUACAAGCUCAGAAAGAAGACCAGAGCUAGGACCGGAGCCACCUGACAGACUGUCUAUCCUGUGCUGCUUUAUCUGAUCGACUGAAGACUUUUCCACAUUUUCUGUUGUUUGACAGAGUUGUGGUGGUUGGAGAAGAACUCCUGUAGAUCAUAAUGUUGUCAGAUGAUGGGUCUGAAGAGCAAACGCUCCUGAUUUACAACAUUAGUCGCUUUUCCAUUGGACGUCUGCACGAAACUUUACCGAUAUUUAUUAAGUGUGGAAAAAACAAAAGUGUGUAAUGUCGA